AUGGCUUAUAAUUAUAUGAUAAUUAUUCAAGAAUCUUGCGUACCACACAGAAUGUCGAUUCACAUCAAGGACUCCGAGGAUCUGAAGAACAAGUUGGCCGAGGCCGGCGAGAAGCUGGUGGUGAUCGACUUCAUGGCCACCUGGUGUGGGCCCUGCAAGAUGAUCGGGCCCAAGCUAGAUGAGAUGGCCAACGAGAUGGCCGACUCUAUCGUCGUACUGAAGGUCGACGUAGACGAGUGCGAGGAUAUCGCGACCGAGUACAACAUUAACUCUAUGCCCACAUUCGUGUUCGUGAAGAGCUCUAAGAAGCUCGAGGAGUUCUCCGGGGCGAACGUCGACAAACUCAAGAACACAAUCCUCAAGCACAAUGCGAGGAUAAGAUUGCACAAUUUUGCCAUCCCAACUGGGACACAGGAUUUAAUGGUAAAGAUUCGCCAGGAACAAUGUGCAACUGCAAGUGAAAGUAAACAAGAUACAAAUAUCUCAGUUGAAAAACCUCAAGUGCUAGUGUUGGAACCUUCAUUACCUGUUCAGGUGCCAACCACAGCCAACCCAACUACAUCUUUACCUGUUCAAGUGCCAACCAUAUGUGAACCAACUACUGAUAGCUUGAAGAUGCUAGUGUUGGAACCUUCAUUACCUGUUCAGGUGCCAACCACAGCCAACCCAACUACAUCUUUACCUGUUCAAGUGCCAACCAUAUGUGAACCAACUACUGAUAGCUUGAAGAUGCCAAGGACUAAAGGGAUUUUGAAGGAGCUAGAUUUAAGCAAGUCAUUGGAAUUGACCCCUAAGAAACUUAAACUGUAUAAAAGAUGUAGGAGAAAUUUGAGCGAAAUAAGGAGACUUAGAAAAAAAAUUAAGAAACAACCACGUGCCCUCUUCAAAACAUUAACUACAAAUAGUAAUGUCCAAAGUCUCAUGGACAAAAAUAUAUCAGGGCCAUUUGCUUUAUUGUUGCAAAGUCAACUGCAAAAUACUCCCAGAAAACUAACUGGUCGGAGGUGGAGUAUAGAUGACAAAGUUAUGGCUUUAAGCAUCUAUAAAAGGUCUACUGGCUGCUAUAGACUGCUGAGGCGACUUUUUUGUCUACCAAGUGAAGGUACAUUAAAAGCAUUGCUGAAUAGAAUUCCGAUGAAAUGCGGUAUAAAUAGCCAAAUAUUCAAAACAAUUAAAGAUAUAACUAAAAAUCGAGAACCAGAAGAAAAUCUGUGCAUUUUGGCAUUUGACGAAAUGUCAAUACGAAAACAUUUGCAAUAUAAUAGUAAACAAGAUGUAAUUGAUGGUUAUCAAGAUCAUGGAAAUCAAGGCAGAACUAUGGAGCCAGCCACACAUGCAUUGCUUUUUAUGGCUAUUGGAAUCCGAAAAAAGUGGAAGCAGCCUUUAGCUUUCUACUUUUCUGGUGACUGUGUUACGGCUGAUAGAUUAUCUGUUCUUAUAAAAGAAGUAAGUAUGCAAUACAGUUGA